AUGUACCGCAUUGGCGUCGACGUCGGCGGAACCAAUUCCGACGCAGCAAUCCUUGACGUCACAGCAUUCAACAACCCAAACCGCGGUGUCCUUUCCUCCUUCAAAGCCGCAACAACGCCAGACAUAACCAGCGGAAUCGAGAAGGCUAUCCAGAAUGUUCUCGCAGAGUCCAAAGUCUGCAAGCAAAGCGUGCUCAGCGUCACCAUCGGAACGACUCACUUCAUCAAUGCUUUGGUGGAAGCAGACGCCCGUCGGCUUUUCCGCGUAGCCGUCGUCAGGCUCUGCGGCCCUUUUACCCGCCAGAUUCCGCCUUUCUCUGACUUCACCGUCGGCCUGAGACGCGUUCUUGAUGGGGGAGCCUACUACCUUGAUGGCGGUCUCGAAAUUGAUGGUCGCCAGAUCGCGCCGUUGGACCAUGAUCAGAUACGCAAGACAACAGCUGCCAUCGUCACAUCCGGAGUACGUAGUGUUGCUCUCGUGGGCGUCUUUUCUCCCCUAGAUCACUCUGGAAUCCACGAAGAGGCAUGCAAGAAGAUUAUCUUGGAGACAGCACCGGAUUUGGACGUGGUUUGCUCACGGAACCUUGGAACCACGGGCAUCGUCGAGCGUGAGAAUGCAACAAUAUUGAACGCGGCAAUACUCAGUACGGCAAGAAAAACCAUUCGCGGCUUCAAGCGUGCUAUGGCGCGGCUGGACCUCAGCUGUCCCCUCUAUCUUUCGCAGAAUGAUGGCACAUUGUUGGAAGCAGACACCGCAGUGGACUAUCCGAUCAAGACAUUUGCCAGCGGUCCCACGAAUAGUAUGACCGGUGCCGCUUUCCUUGCUGGCUUGGACAAGCCAAAGGCUGUGUCCGAUACGGGAGAAGAACAUGUUAACGGAGGUGGAGAGGAAUCUCAAGUCCUCAUUAUUGACAUUGGCGGCACCACGACUGACGUCUGUGCAUUACUACCUUCUGGCUUCCCUCGUCAAGCUCCCGGCUUUGUCGAAGUGGGUGGUAUACGGACCGUGUUUUUUAUGCCGGAAGUGGCCUCGAUUGGCCUGGGAGGUGGUAGCAAAGUCGAAUUCGGAGCCGCGGCUAGUGAUUUGACAAUCGGGCCAGGCUCAGUGGGUCACUUCCUUACCACUGAAGCACUCGUAUUUGGCGGCCCUACACUUACCAUGACCGACAUUGCGGUGGCAUCCGGCGACGCUGAGCUUGGCGACCGCAAUUUCACCACGACUGUGCCUCGUGAGGUCGUGGAACUCGCGAGUAAGAAGACCAAGAAAAUGAUCGAGACUGUAAUCGAGCGGAUGAGGGUGUCGGCGGCACCAGUCCAUGUACUUCUUGUCGGUGGAGGCUCUCUCCUAGUAUCCAGCAGCUUGGAAGGUGUUGCGAAAGUGACGAAACCAGUCCAUCACGAUGCAGCAAAUGCAGUAGGUGCAGCAAUCGCCAAGGUGUCUGGUGACGUCGAUGUCAUCGAAAUCCUUGAAGGCGCAGAUGAAAAAGCUGUCGUCACAUCUGCGUGUCAGAAAGCGGCCAGUGAAGCGAUCCGCAAAGGAGCGGAUCCGCAGGAUGUCAAAAUCGUUGAAGUCAAUAAGAUUCCUCUGCAGUACUCCACGAAUCGGGCAAUUCGGCUGCAGGUCAGGGCAGUAGGAAGGUUGUCGAUCCCAGAAGGAAACACUUACCAGAAAAACAGCAACGAAAUUGAGUUCUGCGAUGAUUAUGAUAAAGAGGAAGAACUUGAAGGAAAGAAGAUUGCGCUUCACGAUGCCCUGGACCCGACCACCAAGCCAUCUCUCAAUGUUGACCUUGAGCAAUAUCGACCAAGCGUCAAGGAUCAAGUAUGGUAUGUCUCAGAAGUGGAUCUUGAGCUCAUUGCAACGGGCGCCGGUGUUCUCGGAACAGGAGGCGGUGGUCCAACUCACUACGAACUUCUGAAAGCACUUCAAACUUUACGAUCAGGCGGUGCAGGGAAGAUGCGUGUGGUCUCUCCAUUGACAGUUAAAGACUCCGAUUUGAUCUGUUUUGGAUCUUGGUAUGGCGCACCGAGCGUAAUCAACGAGAGAAUCUCAGGUGGUCAUGAGAUCUCGAAGGGCAUAAACACGUUGCUCAAACUGCAGGGAUACCAGACCUUCGAUGCUCUAUUUCUUGACGAAAUAGGUGGUGGAAAUGGUUUGUCCGCUUUCCCCACAGGUGUUGAGUAUAAUGUUCCAGUCAUCGAUGGCGACGCCAUGGGACGAGCCUAUCCAACAAUGUACCACGCAACUUUGUAUAUCAACGGCCAUCCAAUAACCCCGGCCGCGAUAACGGAUGCUCGUGGCAACGCCUCAAUCGUCAUGAAUGCAGAGUCACCUACCCGGGUAGAAUCGAUGUUGCGGACGACGGCAAUCGAACUCGGGCUUGGAUGUGCAGUGUGCGCAUGCCCGCUUCGUGGCUCUGCCAUCAGAGAGCAUGGAGUUCCGCAUACCAUUUCGCAGGCCUGGUACAUCGGACGUGCUGUACACAUGUCGCGUAAAAAGAAAACCAAUUAUGUUCAUGCGAUCUUUGCCGUCAACCCCGGGAAGCUUCUCUUCAGUGGCAAGGUCGUUGACGUACGGCGUGAUGUCAGCGGCGGCUACACCAUGGGAAGCGUUCUGCUCGCUCCAGUGAAAGAUGAAUCUUUUCCUCAAAGUCCGACAUGGGACAAGCACAUGGUCAUCCCAUUCCAGAACGAAUAUUUGUAUGCCGCAUACACAGACUCGACCGGAGGAUCAGAUAGCGAGGAAGUUGUAUGCACGGUUCCGGACUUGAUCUCAAUUUUGGGACAAGAUGGAGAAGCAAUUGGAUCACAAGACCUGCGGUACGGGUUGGUUGUAAGUGUUAUCGCGAUGCCCUCACACCCACUGUGGAAGACCGAGCAGGGGUUGAAAGUCGGUGGACCUUCCGGGUUUGGACUGGCGAUCCCUUUCACCGGAAUCGGCGAAUACACUGAGCCACGGAGCGUUGUCAAAGACUUUGGGGAAGACAAUGUAGUGUAA